GGGCGCUCGCCUCUUGCUGCUCAGGCGCAUUGCUGCGCAUGCUCCUUGCUGUCCGCGUCCUGAGGGCAGAGCUGAGACGCAGGUGGUCGAGUUUCUUCCUUCCUGAUUCUUUCUCACUAGCGGGGACCCAACUGUGGGAAAUAUGAGUGGGCAUGUAAAGACAAGAUCUAAAUCUGCAGGAAGAAGAGAUGAUCGAGAGUCUUCCCAGGCAGUUGGACCUGUGGUUGCUCAGCAGCCCAGUGAUGAACAACCUCAACUAGAGGAACCACCAACUGAGGGUCAGGAUAUUAUACCUGCUCAGGACAUUGAUGAUGAAGGAGCACCUACAGUUCAAGGGCCUGAUGUGGAAGCUGCUCAACAGGAACUGACUCUGCUGAAGACUGUGGAUGAGCCUGGAGAUGGUCCUGAUGUCGCGGAAGAGAUUCUACCAAGUCUAGAGCCCCUUAAAAUGCCAGAAGCAGGUGAAGGAGAACCACAAAUUUAAAGAAAGAGAAACUGAAGCCUAGCAUGCUGUCCUUGUGUUGGAAACUUGUUAACAGUCUCUCAAUAAAGUCUUACAACUUUCUUCAAAUA